GGAUAUAGAGUUAGAGGUAAUAUUUAUGUCUAAUUUUUUUUUAGAAAUGACAUUUGAUUCACCUAACCAGAAAUAAUAUAAUGAAUUAUAGACUUAUGUAAUAAAAUAAUUCGAUUUUCAAGCAGUAAAAUAGCAAUGGAACAUGCUUAUAUCCCAUUGAAAACUAGAAUAAACACCAAGCUCAGUUUAAAAUCGAAAAGCAAACUUGUUCAGAUUCUGAAAACAACAACUUUCUGACAAACUUUACAACUACCAACCAAGUGGUAAAAUCAUAUUUAUACUAAGAGAGUUAACUAUGUUUUCAAUAUUAAUUGCGCUCAUACAAAGGUUUUACGCAAUAAAAUUUUACAGAAGUAGGAUGGUGCAGAAUGACCAUUUUAGCAUUUCAAAUCCCAACCUUUCCUCUUAUCCAAUGGUAAUGUCUGAACAUGAAUUGGAGGAGAAACCUUCCGAUAAAAAUAUAACUAUGGCUACUUUUGACCAGUUACCAUUGGAAGUGAAAGAAGUUAUAUUUCUAUACCUGAGUCCGAGGGAUCUUAAGCAGUGCAGUUUGGUUUGUUCAAAAUGGCAUGAAAUCGUAAACUCAAAUAGGAUAUGGUUGAAGAUUUGUGAAGUACAAGGAUUAUCUAAGAAGAAAUAUUUGGAUGACAGCUGUAGCAUGAUAGAGAAUCCUAUGAAGCAUUAUUCCUACAAUGAUGAAAAAUUGAUCCCGAGUCAUUGGAGAUCUCAUUUCAAUAGGUACAGAUUUGUACAGAAAAAUUGGAAAGAUGGAUAUUAUGUAAUCUACAGACUUCCAUUGAAUCCUGUUCACAUAAAUGAACAUUACGUAGUAGAACACGUUGGUCCCCAAAUUGUUAUAUACACCAUUAAUGGGUGGAUUAAGAGGUUAUGUUCCGUCGACCUUGUUUCACCAGAAUCAAAAAUCGACACUAUAAUUUAUAAAAAUGAUUAUCUAGUUUACACACAGAGCAGAAAUGUUGUCUGUUUAAAAAAAGAUAAGGACUCGUUUAGGAAGGUAAUCCAGGUAGCUCUGGAAAGUGGAAACUGUAACCAACCUAGGAAUAAUUGCAUGAAGACGCAAUUUACAACAAGAAUUUCCGAUAAGUUUAUAAUUAUCCAAGAUCCUCAAAAUCCGUGUAUGCUUUGCUUCCUUGAAAUGAAUGACAGCUCUGUCAGGAGACAGAUUGACCUUCAUAAAGCUUUAGGUAAUCAAAGCCUGUUUUGUACCUGUCUUGAAGUUUAUGGCGAUUCGAUCUUUCUGGGAUAUAAGAUGGGAAUAACAUGUUAUAUUGCACAAUACGAUUAUGCUAAAGAUGUUUGGGAAGGGCCAGCUGUAGUUGUACCAAGCAAAGCUUCUCAUUUGUAUAUCUCGCAGAAGAUUGUUUGCGCUAAACUCUGCAGCGAAACCCGUGACCAACAUUACAAUGACAUGAGUCAUCUUUUUGUUUAUAUGCGAGAUUCGCAUUAUAAACUCGGUGAAUAUUGUGCCAGUAAGCAUGUCCCCGUUGUAUUGACUGAAGAUGACGUCUUGAUCUAUUUAUUCAGAGAUGAGGUAACAGUUAGAAAAUUAGGAGGAAAUUAUGAAAUGAGUUUUUCGGUAAGUCAUAACGUGAUGAACAUGUGCAAGAUAUGGGACAAGUUCUUAGUUAUUCACGAUGAGAAAGGUGUGGCAGUCUGGGACUCUACGACAGGGCAAAAGAUAGUCAGACCACUUCGAAGCGAGUCUUGUAUUACCCUUUGCGUAUCAGAUACUAACAUUCUCUUAAAAUGUGAGGGUGAUAGGUUCCUAGUUGUUAGUUACUGGUAGAGCUGCAAGGAAAUACCUCAAAACACUUCAUUAUCUGUUUUGGUCAUUACGAAAGUCAAUCGACAAUGUUUAUUUUUUAUUAUGUUGAACAAGUUUAACUUGACAUGCUGAAAAUCAUUCAGCAAUGUUACUGAUGAAGCAUAAAAUCAUUGUAAAUUUUGACUGUGAUGAAGAAAUAAAACCUAAGGUAGGUGUGUUGCUGGCUUACGCACUUGAUCAAGAUUGGAAUUAUCAGCAGUUUCGAAAUAAAUACUGCUUUUCUGCAUUAAUUUUGACAUUUACUUGUUGUAAAUUUGUAUUAUAAUGUUUAUCCCCUGUUAAAUGCGUUACUUAUAAAGGGAAUAUUUUACAUGAAAUUCUCAGAUCCAUCCAAUUAAACAUAUUCAUUAAUCAAUCGAUCAUAAAUGGAUUAAAUGGUUGUGAUAUUAGUUGUAUAUUUCUUUUAAAACUGAAUCAACUUUUUAUAAGUUGUGAAAAAUAUUCAAUUUUGCCAUUAAUUUUCUGACUAAUCCACAGGGGAAACAAAUUAAAGUAGAGGGAUUUUGAAGAGAUAUUUGUUGACCUUGUCAGCAAGUACUGUAAACUUGUAUGUUUUAAAAUAAUUUUGACCAGAUAUCGGUAAAGAGUUGGUGUUCAUAGUUAUGAUCUGAGAUAGUGGAAGUUAUGACUCUGUUUUACUUUUUUUCUUUACUAUAUUGUUCUUACCAUAAUUUUAUUUUAAAUAUUUUUGUUAUUUAUGAUGCAUUUUCUUAAAUCAACAAAAAAUGUAAAAUAAUAGUACCUUUUUUUUUCUUUCGAAAUAAUGGACUUCCUAAUCUUCAUAUUAUCAAUGUACUCUAAUAAUAAAAUAACUAUUGGGUAAUUUUAUAUAGUUUAAUUAUCCGAUAGUUACUUAGUACUUUUUAAUACAAUUUAGCUAUUCUUAUUAUCAUUUACAUCAAUCACACCUUUUUUCGUUUGAUUUAAUAACCUUGAUUUAAACUGAGUUUAUGUAUGCUCUUAAAGUGAGUCUAAUUCUAAGUGGUCACUCAUUCUCAGAUGUUGAUAAAAGUAUUUUCGAAACGAAAUGUUGACGAAUUGUAA